CCCCCUUUCAUCAGCUCAGCUAUGUCUGAACAUCUCUUUGGAUUUUUACAGGGUAGUUGGAAGAUCAAUUGCUAAGGAACUUGUAUUUACUGGUCGGAGAGUUGAUGGCAAGGAAGCUUUAUCCAUGGGUACAUCUUGUGAUGGGAAAUUCCUUUUUAGCAAGCAUGCUAGCUUAUCUGCAACUCUUAUCACUUGUGUCAUUCAUAUGGUGAUCUUUUUCACAUACGGGACUUGUCAAUUAUUGUGUUUCUUUUGGCAAGGCAUACUUAAAAGCUCUUCAAAUUGCCCGAGAUAUAAACCAAAAGUAGAAAUGUCAUCAGCACUUGCUGUGGAAGAAGAAUGUUAUGUGCAGCUUCUCAACACCGAGGAUCGUCUUGAGGGUUUAGCUGCAUUUGCAGAGAAGAGAAAACCAAGAUAUGCUGGAAAAAAGGGCCUAAGAAGCAUCGCCAUUUAUCUCAUAUUGACAGAAGAUGAAUAUGGGAUACAUUCAGCAGGUCAAUACCUUGAAUUGGCUGAUUAUGUUGUAAUAAAUCAUAUUUCUGUCUUUUUACUAGAAAAUUAUUGUGUUCAUUGAGUGUUCUGUGUAGCACUAUGUUCAUUGAGUGUUCUGUGUAGCUCUAUGUUCAUAUAUAUAAUUCAAAUGCAUUUUGUUUC